GGUCCGAUAUGGAAACCAAACCGUUCUUGUCAUUGGGGUUCCUGAAGCCCCAGUGCUCGUUGGCUCCGCCGAUGCAGCGAGGACGCUCAGGCGAGGCUUGUUCCUGCUUCAGUGGCAUGUGUCACCUGCAUCAGCGUCGUCUGUCCUCAGACUCUUCAGGCCACAUCAGCUCUUCACCCCUGGGCUCUCCUACCUCCCACCGAGGAAUGCACCCAUCUUUGCUCAGUCCAACGAGCAUGGGGCCCUCUGGGUCUCUUCACUCUCCCAUCAGCACGCUGAGCUCGCCCAUGAACGGCCUGACCUCGCCCUUCUCCGUCAUCAGCUCGCCCAUGGGGCCCCACUCCAUGACCUCGCCCGGCAUGGGCUACGGCCCCAGCGUCAGCCCCCAGCUGAACUCCCCAUGAACUCGGUCAGCAGCACCGAGGACAUUAAGCCCCCGCUGGGUCUCAACGGCGUGAUGAAAGUGCCCGCCCAGCCCUCCGGCACGGCCCUGUCGCUCACCAAACACAUAUGCGCCAUCUGCGGUGACCGCUCCUCAGGCAAACACUACGGCGUGUACAGCUGCGAGGGCUGCAAGGGUUUCUUCAAAAGGACGGUGCGCAAAGACCUCACCUACACCUGCCGAGACAACAAGGACUGCGUCAUCGACAAGCGCCAAAGGAACCGCUGCCAGUACUGCCGCUACCAAAAGUGUUUAGCCAUGGGCAUGAAGAGAGAAGUGUUGUUACAUGCAGCCGUUCAGGAGGAGCGCCAGCGAGCCAAGGAGAAGAGCGAGAGCGAGGUGGAGUCGACCGGCUGCGCCAACGAGGACAUGCCCGUGGAGAAGAUCCUGGAAGCCGAGCACGCGGUGGAACCCAAGACGGAGACGUACAUCGAGACCAACCUUGGUGUUCCGUCCAACUCGCCCAAUGACCCAGUGACAAAUAUCUGUCAGGCUGCGGACAAACAGCUCUUUACAUUGGUGGAGUGGGCCAAGAGGGUUCCCCACUUCUCUGAGCUGCCACUGGACGACCAGGUCAUUCUACUACGAGCAGGUUGGAAUGAACUCCUCAUUGCGUCAUUCUCGCACCGCUCGAUAGCUGUGAAAGACGGCAUUCUGUUGGCCACCGGGCUGCACGUCCACCGCAACAGCGCUCAUAGUGCCGGAGUGGGAGCCAUCUUUGACAGAGUGCUCACGGAACUGGUGUCUAAGAUGCGGGAUAUGCAGAUGGAUAAGACAGAACUGGGGUGCCUUCGAGCCAUAGUCCUUUUCAACCCAGACUCCAAGGGUCUGUCAAACCCAGGCGAGGUAGAAGCUCUGAGAGAGAAAGUCUACGCGUCUUUAGAAGCAUACUGCAAACAGAAGUACCCUGAGCAGCCUGGCAGAUUCGCCAAGCUGCUGCUGAGGCUGCCGGCGCUGCGCUCCAUCGGCCUCAAGUGUCUGGAGCACCUGUUCUUCUUCAAGCUCAUCGGCGACACGCCCAUCGACACCUUCCUCAUGGAGAUGCUAGAAGCGCCUCACCAAAUGACAUAACGAGCGCGGAGGAGGCUCCUCUUAUCGAGUCCGUCGGUCCGAAGCACACAUCCAGACUUUUCCCCCUGGCUUCAUCAUCGCCACCCCCCCCCCCCUAAAACAUCAAGAC